CCAGGCAGGAUCAGACUGUUUCUGAGGGAUAAAACCACGUUGUUAGCAGCAAGUUGCUCCUGUAACAGCAAUUCUGACACAAACAGUGUUUGCCAUUUCUGUCUCCAGGAUGAUUGAGGAGAGUGGGAAGAGGAGGAGGACCAUGGCAGAGAAGAGGCAGCUGUUCAUGGAGAUGAGGGCCCAGAACUUCGAUGUGAUCCGGCUCUCCACGUACAGAACCGCCUGCAAGCUGCGCUUCGUGCAGAAACGCUGCAACCUUCACCUUGUCGAUAUCUGGAAUAUGAUCGAAGCCUUCCGAGACAACGGCCUUAACACCUUGGACCACAACACAGAGAUCAACGUGUCCCGGCUGGAAACCAUCAUCUCAUCCAUCUACUACCAGCUGAACAAACGCCUGCCUUCCACCCACCAGAUCAGCGUGGAGCAGUCCAUCAGCCUCCUCCUCAACUUCAUGAUAGCAGCUUAUGACAGGCCAGUAACUGCUCCAGCUCUGUCCUGGCUCUGCUUUGCUCCCCGGGGCUCUGGCAGUGGG